GUCGGAACCGACGGUGAUGUAUGUGUUGACUCAAAAGGCUGAUCAAAGGUAUCCGCGGCGCCCUCAGCUCAGCGAGUCACCUCUCCCUCAUCUGGCUCGUUAGGAGUCCAGCGAUACCCUCGUGGAGAUGCCCAAGUUCGCUGCGUACCUUGUGACAGUAGGCACGGAGCCGGGAGUGUACGACGAGUGGCCUGAAUGCGCCGCGAGAGUUAUCAAGGUCGAGGGCUCCAUUUACAAAGGAUAUAGGACCAAGGUCGAGGCGCUGGAUGCUUACCGCGCCGCCCUCGCGGAGGGCCGCGUGAAGGUAGUGCCCUCUGACCGUCCUGCGCCCGUGCAAGGCGUUCCCGCGGGUGCCCAGAUACCUCCUCCCCGAAACCCGAGCAAUGUGUCGACUCCCAGCAUUCGUUCCGCUCGCACGUCCAUAUCAGCCGCGCAACUUCCCCAACUCCACGCACAACCUGCCCGCUCUACCUCACGCCUCGCGGAGAUCCGAGCAGCGCUAGCUGCCCCCGCGACCGUGUGGUCUCCUCCGACCGCGGCGCCCGUAUCAAGCACAGUGCAGUCCCCCCGACAAGCGCCCGUGUCGAGGUCUUCGUCCUCCCCGAACGUGGUGCAGCGUGAACACGACCCGUCUCCUCGGCGCAGGGUGCAGUCAACCGCGCAGUCGCCCGUUGGGCACGCCGCGCGAUCGUCUGCGGCAGCACCGAGGAGCCCUCCGACGUCUUCAUCGACCCGUGUUGAGCCCACUCGGGCACGCUCCACAUGGACGGCACGCUCCUCCCGACCACCAACCACAACUGCGAUACCUCCUCCCCCUACCAUUCUAGUCCCGGUUGGCGAUGCUGGGUCAGACGCUGAAACCGAUGUGAGCGGCUCGUCUCCGCUGACGAAUGUGACCUACAUAGAGCCCGACUUCCCCAGCCACGACGGCAGCCGCCCUACUACUGUGAGUCAUUCCUCGGCCUCGCCCAACGCGACCCCGCGCUCUACGCGCAGCCGCAUGCGCGAGGGCGUGCAGUAUGCAAACUCAUCCGUGCAAGCGACACCCGCACCUUCCCCCCGCGCACGCACGCAGUCCGCGCGGACUCCGAGCACCGGACCUUCAGUUCCCGCGUCGAUCAAGUCCUCGCCCGCACGGAGGGCAGGCUCCGGCAACGGCUCGGGUAGUGUCAUCGCGCGAAGCCAGAGCGAGAGCGCAGCGGAGAUGCAUCAUCGUCUUCUGCUCAGCCCACGCUCGAGCCCAAGAACUCCCGUGUCUUCCUCCUCGACAGUGCCUUCAUCAGAGAUACGCCGUCUUUUGCUUAGUGCUCGCUCGAGCUCGAACUCGAGGUCGCCCAUGCCUCCUCCUCCUACCUCACCCUCAGCGCCCCCUACAAGUUCAUACUCCAGACGUUCCGCAAGGCCGGCCAGCGUUAUGAGGUCGGGACACGCGGAGUCUGCGUCGGCUCCGUUGAGCCCUCUUGCGCUCGGCUUGUCCCAACCACUACUCACGCCGGGUGUCGUGUAUCCUGCGUCGGCGGACCCGAGGUCGCCAAUACAACGAGCCACAGCUGUUCCGUCGAGCUCGCCCGUGUUCCAUAGGCCGUCACCGCCUUCGAUAUCGCUCACGAGCGCGUUGUUUGGUGCAUGACAUCCCCAAUAAGUCGUGUGAGCAGAAGACGAUGAUGAUUGAUGAAAACGACGCUUUGUUGCUAUCGAUUGUAAUUCUUUGGUUCUCGAUGUUUGCUCAGCGAUACCUCCGCAACCUUAAGCUUGUAAUAUGUACUACUUUUCUGAGGUGGGAGUGAAUGUACAAUCAAGUCCAGCGUAUGUGCGGCGGGGCUGAAGGUUCGUUCAUAGCUUGUCGUCUUUGGUCGGCAACGGAGACUAGUCGUUCAAUGCCUUGCCUCUUGAAUGUUGAGGUUACGGCGCGUGACCUCGAUCCCCGCCACACCGCACGUGAC